CCCACCUGGACCCCGACCCUCCGGCCUCCGCCUCGCCGGGCCCCGCCUCGCCGGCCCCCACCGUGGCCGUGACGUCCUCGGUGCCGUCCACCGAAGAAUACCCUGGGGAGUAUGGCUUCCAGCUCGGCUUCCUGCAGUCUGGCACCGCCAAGUCUGUCACCUGCACGUACUCCCCAUUGCUCAACAAGCUGUUCUGCCAGUUGGCCCGGACCUGCCCCGUCCAGCUGUGGGUCGACUCCCCGCCCCCGCCGGGGGCCCGGGUCCGGGCCAUGGCCGUCUACAAGAAGACCGACCACAGGGCCGAGGUGGUGAAGAGGUGCCCCCACCACGAGCGCUCUUCCGACGGUGACGGAGCGGCGCCCGCCCAGCAUCUGAUCCGCGUGGAGGGGAACCCCCAGGCCACAUACUUGAAUGACGAGAAGACAACCCGUCAGAGCGUCGUCGUCCCCUACGAGCCACCUCAGGUGGGCUGUGAGUACACCACCGUGUUCUACAACUACAUGUGUAACAGCUCCUGCAUGGGGGGAAUGAACCGCCGACCCAUCCUCACCAUCAUCACGUUGGAGACGGCCAGCGGUCAGCUCCUUGGCCGUCAGAGCUUCGAGGUCCGUGUCUGCGCCUGCCCCGGCCGGGACCGCAAGUCGGACGAGGAGAAUCAUCAGAAGAAGGGGGAGUCCAGCAACCCCCAGCCCCCUUCGAAGGAACCCAAAAGGGCCUGCCCCUCGCCCCCCAAAAGUCCUGUUGAGACCAAGAAGAGGCUGUUGGAUGAAGAAGUGUUCACUCUGAAGAUCCGUGGCCGGGAGCGCUACGAAAUGUUUCGCACAAUGAACGAAGCUUUCGAGUUCAAAGAUGCCAAAGGCGGACAGGAACCUGAGGGGACACGCACAUGCCGACAGUCCCUGAAAUCGAAGAGGGAGGCUCCAGGCCCCAGGAAGGGCAAACGGCUGCUUGUCAAAGAAGAGACUCCCGAGUCCAACUGACAUUUCCCCCUGACUGCCAUCCCCCACGCCGUCCCCACUCCUGAUCCCCCUCCCUCACCUCCCCUCUUCUAAGGCUCUUCGAAAGUGCCUUUUAUAUUUACCUCAGCUCCCCGCUCCCCUCCCUGCUUCCUCCCUGCUUCCUUUUUAUAUGAACUUCCACUUUUUAAA